AAACCAGUUUGCAUUGUUCUGAGAAUAGGACCCCGUUGCUUAGCAACGACUGUCAUGACAAUAAAAACAAAUUAAACGUCAACAAGUUGGAAAUCUAUACGAAUCUGCUUGAAUAGGAGGAAAACUUUAAAUAAUUUGUGUGUAAUGUGUGUGAAAUGUCUAAAGAAAACGCGAAUCUACGGUUGCUGGGCUCGCCGGUGAAUUUAUCGUACAGAAGUAAGAAGAAGGACGACAGAAAAAACAUACGGAAUAGGCCAAGAUCUGCGCUUCAAAAUUCUUGUUUCACACCGGAUAUCCAAGAGAGUUACAAGCGGCCAUUUUCUGCAGAUGAAAAAGAGAGAGUGCCAUCUACCAGGACUUUCUUCAAAACAUUCAGUGCAGAGCUCCACGACUCAUAUAACAACUCGCCUGCCACUAUCAAAGUCUUACCGCCUACAGCACACUUACUUGGAGACACCAAAAUAAAUAACAAGCAAUAUGCAAGAAAAGACAAAGACUUAUGCAGCAAUGCCUCUGACUAUGGGUCUGAAGACACUUUCAUUAGUCUAGGAACAAAGAUCAAAGCCAAAGCACAACUUAGCCCUAACCCUAAGCCUAAAAACAACAACCAAAGAUAUCUUAAAUAUCGUAACAUAGCCAGAAAAGGCCGCAGAACCAUGGAUGCUCCUGCAAAUGAAGAUAAAGCAAAUAACUAUGGGUUAGAAGUUAAAAUAAUUGAGAAACGACCACAAUCACCAUCUAAAAGCAGAGAUGGUAACACUAGAUGCUUGACACCUACAUUUAAAACUAGCGCGUAUGAAUCAUACUUUGUUCCAUUGGAACCUGACGCGCAUAAUCCUUUAGCGGGCAGGGUUUCAUUUGGAGAGAAACAAGACAUAGAAAACGCCAUCGAUGUAUAUUCUAGACGCCUCAUGCAAACUAAGCAACAGUUGUCUCUAGUUGAAGAGGAAUCUACGCAAGAUUUGGACAGUGUGCCAUCUAAUAACCUUAUAAGUUUGUCUCCGGAAAAUUCUUUAGAAGAACUUAAAAAUAAAGACGCGGACGACACAGAAGGUGAUCUAACUGGUAGAAAUACUUAUGAUGUUAAUGAAAAAGAAGAGUAUCCUAAAGCGUCUGAUUACAUAGCUGAAGCUCGGACUUACAAUAGUUUCUAUGAUGAUUUUCGUUCAUGUUCUGUUGACAAUCAUAAGUCCAAGUUGUCUAGCACGAUAGUUAAUACUGAUUCCUCAUCAAAAGAUUCAGGCUACCCUAGCAGCGCUAAUGAUGAGAAAUGCUACAAGCAAUUAUACUCCUUACCUACCACUUCGAUUUUGAGGAAAUCUAACUCUGAUAAUAAGAUUUCUGAUCAACCUAAAAGUCUCGAUAGUAUUUCUACGGCGAGCAACAAAAAAUGUCCCAAAGCAUGGAGUGAACCUUUAAAUCAUAGCAGAUUGCUGUAUAAAGACUUUUUCUUAAAGAAAGAAGGGCAUAUAGCUGUGCCUCCUACUAAUUCUCCAAUCCGACCUGCAAAACACACAUUCCCAAUUCCUGAUGGAAGCAGUGAUACUAAAGAAAUUGCAAAAACAGACAAAAAAGAAAAUUUGGAAUAUCCCACAUAUCUCCUUAACAGUACUACUAAAGCGUACACGUCCAAAGUUAUUGAAGAUUACAAGAAGGAAUUGGAAGCUAUUAACAACUUACAUGAACUUACUAUAAAAGAUAUGAAAUCUGAUGCAAUUUCUCCAACUCCAUUAAAUAUUGACAAAAUGUUUGAGCAGCAUUCAAACCUUCCCGAACAAAAAAACACUCAUUCUAAUGCGAAAGAUGAUGAAAUCAGUAACAGUAAUAAUCUAGAUAUUAGAAAGAGAAACGUGUCCAAAUUAACAACUAAAGAACUUAUACAGAAUUAUUUAAAAGUAAAGGGUGGGAAUACAAAAGAAUUUGCUAAAAAUCUAAAGAAAUUUGAGAAUAUUGAAGCAAAGCAUAACUGGAAUAAUACAAUAGAGAAACGCAGUGCACCAGUGGCAAGAAAUUUGACUCAAAGAAAUAUGUUCACGAUUAGAACCCCUAUGAGUGCCAGAAUAGAGGGAGUCAAUAAUGACAAGGACAUAGAUUCUUGGAUGUCUCUUUCUGCACCUUCACCUAGUGCUCUUCAGUUAGAAGAUGUAGACCCAUCUCCGUUCUCAGAAGAUAAGAGUGAAAAUGAACCUAAACCAAUUGAACAGACGGUUCAAAUUCAAGAAUCUGAACCAACUCCACGUGUAAAUCAAGAAUCAGUGAAACCAAAAGAGUUGACUUCAAAUUCAACUGUUUUGGAUAUAUAUUCGAUGUUGAAAGACAUUGAAAGUUUCGGGGAGAAUCCAGUGACGUCUGUUACUAAUGCCAAUGUAGUGGAAACUCCACAGAAAGAAGUCAAGGAGGAAAGAGAAUUUACGCCUAAGGAUAAUUUUAUGGAAAUCUUCGAAUUUUUGGAAAAAGUUGAGCAAAGCGCCAAUGAUGCUCUAUCUGUUGUGACCAGCUCUACUCCUCAGACUAUUCCUAAAUUGGAGGCCCUACUAAAGCUGCCUCACACCGAAAUAGCACAAAGACUAGUAACGGCUUCGCUGCAACUCGAGGAGCGUUCGUGCUGCAUUGCCCUACUGCAAGAGAGCUUGACCAAUCACAAGGAACAGAUGAUCCACAAGGUGAGCAAUCUGGAGAAACAGUCACUCCGUAACAUCAGCAGAGCGAAGGCGGAAUGUGAGGAGGCUAUUAAAAGGCACCAAGCUUUCAUUGACCAACUAAUAAACGACAAGAAGACCCUCAACCACCGAAUAGAGCAGUUAGUGGACGAACGCCGCUCGCUCGAAGAGCGCUGGAAACGCUCCGCUCAAGCUCUGGAAGAUCGCUACAAGCUGGAACUCCGGAAUCAACACGAUAAGAUGGCUGCUGCACAACAGGUAGCGAGGCAACGUUGGGUCAGACAAAAGGCAGAGAAAAUUAAGGAACUAACUGUAAAAGGCCUAGAAGGCGAGCUCCGUGAGAUGGCAGAACGGCAACAGAAAGAGAUAGCGGAUCUAAAGAUGCACCACGCAGAGCAGUUAGGGCGCGCACAAGCCAAACAUGCUCAAGAGUUAGAGGCCCAACGAAGAGAACUCGAGGGGGAGAGGGAAGCUGCUCUAGUGAAGGAACGACAGCUGGCCAGCUCCAGACUCGAGAAGCAGAUUCUCGAAAUAGAGCUGACAUACCAGGAGCAAAGAACCCGAUUGGUAGCAGAAAUGCGCGCUGAGAACGAACGCGUCGCUUCCGGCCUGAGCGAGAGAGAGAAGCAACAGAAGGAAAGUUUUGAGAAAUGGAAAGAAGGGCAAGAAAAGUUGCUUGAAGAAAAGAAACGACAAAUGGAACAAGAGAUAGCGAAGGAAAGAGAGAAAAUGCAGGAAGAAAUGAAAUUAGACAGAGAAGAAUUAGAACAAGAAUUCGAACAGCACAAGAGAGAGUUCGAAGCCGAACAACAGUUGGCACUCAAGAAGAAAGUGACGGAGAUAGCAGCACAGCACAGGCGAGAGCGAGAUAGGGAGAUCGAGCGUGCUAUAGAGAGAAUGGAGGAAGAAGCUCAAGCGGGGCGUAGAGAGCUGCAGGAGGCUAUUAGGAGGAAUAAAGAACAGUACGAAUGCGAGCUUCGUGAGCUAGCAGAGACGGAGCAAGCGACGCUGCGCCGGUACCAGGACGCGGCGGCGCGCGUCCGACAGGCGGAGGAUCGGUGUGCUGAAUUAGAAAUCACAGUCACGCAGCUGGAAACUAGAAAUAAAAUUCUUACUGAGAAAAAUACUCAACUCGAAACGGCUGCCGAACAAAUCCGAUCGACCUGCGAGCAUGCGUGGGCGCAGCGCGUCGAUACGCUGAAGAAAGAGAUGGAAGACAUGAAGAAAACGCACGAAGAGCAGAUGCACCAGCUUUAUGCCAAAGUAAAAGUGGCUGUAGCACGAAAGGAUUCCGCUAUCCAGGCUUUAACGCGCGAAACUGCCAAGUACCAGGAGAAGAUAACCAUGUUAGAGCAAAAACUACAGCAGCAGCGGAAGGAUUUCCUCAAACAAAAGUGAACCUUAAUACCCAAAAUUACAGUUAAUUAUCGCGUGACAAUGCAUAAAAUAGUCAAUGAAACCGGAUAAAAAACCAUACUGCAGCGAAAUCUGCAAAAGCAGCGCAAAAAGAGUAAAUAAAAGUGAACCUUAUCGCCCGGAGUAUGUAUGUACGUAUGGUUUAAUAUUGUAUGAGACAGGAUUUAUGCUACGAAAAGACGAAGUACCGUCAGCAGCAAAAGUCUUAGGUAAUGUAAAGUUCACGUUCUUGCUCCCCUUACACUGAACUAGUGUAGAAAUAAUUUUAAAGACUAAGUACUUUCUCAAAUAUUUUUGUUUUCUGAAAAAAGUGGCAAGAAAAAUUACUUUAAUUCAGUUCGUGCCUGCUAUUUAAAAAUGUAAUCUAAAUAUAAAAACCAGUAUGGUUUUAGAGUUAACUGGCGUCCUAACCAAGGUGACAAUCGUUUGCGCUUCGCCAUCGAAUCGCUUUGUGUCUCUCUAUCAUUCUUACUUAUUAGUGUGACGGUGACAGGAGCGUUAGCGAUUGGCAUGUUGUGUACUGGUACCAAAGACAUAUGUACCUUCGUAUAAGACGAAUAAAGUCUAAGGAAAAAACUGGGCAAGUGCGAGUCGGACUCGCGCACGAAGGGUUCCGUACCAUAAUGAAAAAAAAAAACGGAAAAAAAAUGCAAAAAAAACGGUCACCCAUCCAAGUACUGACCACGCCCGACGUUGCUUAACUUUGGUCAAAAAUCACGUUUGUUGUAUGGGAGCCCCAUUUAAAUCUUUAUUUUAUUCUGUUUUUAGUAUUUGUUGUUAUAGCGGCAACAGAAAUACAUCAUCUGUGAAAAUUUCAACUGUCUAGCUAUCACGGUUCGUGAGAUACAGCCUGGUGACAGACAGACGGACGGACGGACGGACGGACGGACGGACGGACGGACGGACGGACGGACGGACGGACGGACGGAUGGACGGACGGACGGACGGAUAGCGAAGUCUUAGUAAUAGAGUCCCGUUUUACCUUUUGGAUACGGAACCCUAAAAACGUGCCUCGGAAUUCAAGUAAAAGUCAUUCUCGAAUAGAUGCCGCACACACCUUUAGCCUAUCCUCGGCUAGAUGGCGUGACGACACCGUUUCAUAUUUAACAAUUUUAACACAUAGAUAUCAGUGAAUGAACAUGGAUCAAAAUGAUAUAAAAAUAAUAAAAUCAUUUAUCCAUAUAUGUAAAUUUUUUGAUAACUUUAUACGUUUUCAUUUUGAGUUUUAGUCGUGUGUCGAUAGAUGGCAGUAAAUUUACAGUGACUACAAAAUUAACAAUGACAGGACCCCUCUAUACUAUCUAUUAUUUUUGCUGGUACUGUGCCUGGUAUUUUCACUGAGUGUAUAAUUUCGCUUAGGCUUAAUUCUAUGUUUAUGAUCUCAACACGCGUGAUGGCAAUUUACACUAGACUAGAUAUACUAUUUACUACUUUUAUUCUUCUGUUAACUGUAUAUCGGUGGACCUUAUGCCUUUUUUAAUAAGGUCCACAUGUACAGUUAGGAGUGUUGCUGUUUGUAUGUAUUAUAUAGGUAAUUUAAUUUAAUUUAUUAAUUAUGUUAACUGUAUACUAUCAUAAUUUCUAGAGAUGUCUAGACAUGAAAUUUAUCUUUAGUAGAAACAACAAAAAAAAUAUAUAUCUGAUGGGACCGUACAAGCACUCACAUCCGACCGCAGUUUUUGUGUUCGGAGUGUUUUAAGGCUUUUUUUUUAUUAUUAUUUUCAACAGAAAUGUAUGUGUAAUGUAUGUGUUAUUACGUAGUGUUAAGGUUUUGAUUGUUUCUGAUUUCGCAUUGGAUACAAACGAUGUGAUGUGCUUGUCAAUAAAAAAGAUGUAAUAUAA